CGUGCGUGAGGUUUUCGGUUUUCUAAAUGAAUUUGUUAAGAAAAAUGCCACCUAAACUUAAGUAUAGUGAAGAACAAAUGUCUUUAGCCCUAAAUGCAGUUAAGCAAGGCAUGCCAGUGGCAACUGCUGCAAAAACAUUUAAGGUGCCCAGAACCACCCUGCUGGAUAAAAAAACAGGAAGAACUCCAAUUAAUCGAAAAAUGGGCCCACCAUCCGUAUUGAGUCUCCUGGAAGAAGAAAUUCUAGUAAAUUGGAUAUUUUUAAUGACACAGAAGCAUCAACCAACUAAGGAACAGGUCCUGGAUAGCGUGCAAUUAAUCAUCAAGCAAGAAAAAAGAAAAUCACCAUUUACUGACGGAAGACCCGGCAAGAAAUGGUUUGCGUCUUUUUUAAAACGGAAUCCACAGGUUACUUCUAGGAUCGCCCAAAACUUGACACCAGCCAGAGAAAGUGUUACCGAAGAAAAACUUCGACGAUGGUUUCAAGAGAUACAUGAAUAUCUACGUUCGGAAAAUUUGUUAGACGUCACGAAAGAUCCGACACGCGUGUUUAAUGCUGACGAAAGCGCGUUUUUCCUCCAGCCUAAGGGGGAAAAAGUUUUAGCGAAAAAAGGUGCAAAAUCGAUCUACAUUGCAGGGACAAAUGAUGACAAGGAGAAUUUAACAGUGUUAGUCACAGCUAAUGGACAGGGAGAUUUUGCGCCGCCAAUGAUUAUUUUCAAGUACGAAAGAAUACCGGCCCACAUAGCUGCGGGGGUAAAUAAAGAAUGGGGUCUUGGUCGGUCAGAGACAGGCUGGAUGUGCGGGUCUACCUUCUUUGAAUACAUCACAAAUGUGUUUGUUCCUUGGCUGGACAGAAAUACAAUUACACGACCAAUACUAUUAUUUAUUGAUGGGCAUGUCUCCCACAUGACAUAUAAUUUAUCCCAGUAUUGUAAGCAGAAUCAGAUUGAGAUCAUAGCCCUUUAUCCAAAUUCCACUCAUCUCAUCCAACCAAUGGAUGUUGCGGUUUUUAAGCUAUUAAAGACUUACUGGAAAAAAAGCUGUAAGACAAUUUCACAUUGACAAUGAUGGGGGCAAACUUAGAAAAGAACACUUCUCAAUGAUUUUUGAAUCAGCCCUAAGAUCAGUGUCUAAAGAAACAAUACAAAAUGGCUUUAAAGCUUGUGGCCUUGUUCCUUUUUCUGCAGAUAAUGUAAAUUUUUCCAAAAUGUCUUCCACUGAGGCAACUGAA